GCAAUGAAUCAAUAAAUAGUGAGUCACAGUAUUUAGGAAAUCAACCACUACAAUCGAGUUUUAGAGGGAAAUAAAAGAUAUGUGGCAAAAAAGAUGGAAGAAGACCCCUUAUACUUUAAGACCUUAUCGAAAGGAUAAAGUCCAAAAUAUUUACUUAUUGGCUGUUCUGAUUCAAGAGCCCCUCCUAAUGAACUGACAGAGACAGAUCCUGGAGAAAUUUUUAUUCAUAGAAAUAUUGCCAACUUAGUUAUACCUACGGAUUUAAAUGUAAGAGUCUCUUUGAUUCUUAAAGCUUAAUUGUGUUAUUCAAUAUGCAGUAGAGCAUUUACAUAUUCAUAAUAUUGUGGUCAUGGGACAUACUUGUUGUGGUGGUGUAAAGGCAGCUAUGACCUAAGAUUCUGUUGGGGGAUUGUUAGACCUCUGGUUGAAUUAAAUAAAGUUGGUUUACGAGAAACAUGCAGACUUAAUAGAGUCCUUUGUCGACGAAAAUGACAAAAUUACUUGCCUAAGUUAGUUGAAUGUCAGAGCUCAAGUUAUGAACAUUUGGAAGAAUCCAAUAAUCCAAAAGGCUUGGCAAAAGGGGAAUCGUAAAUUAAAUAAUUAACAUUCCUAGCUGUAAUGGUCCAUGGAUGGUUAUUCAGGGUCGAAACAGGAUAUAUAGAGGAACUCUUGAUUGAUCAACACACUCCUGAAGAAAUGUGCAAGGUGUAUGCUCUAAAGUUCAAGUUGGAAUCAGAGAAAUAAUUGUCUAAGCACGUUUCUCCAACAGGCUCUCCCAAAAACAAUGCAAAAAAAAGAUUCUAAAAUAUGCAACGAAAAUUAAUCGAACAUAUCAAUUAACUUAAGGAAAAUAAAAUAGAGGAUUUUGAUUUAGAAACUAAGGAAAUUGGGGGGUUCAUAGAAAGUUCUAAAGAUUUAUGA